AUGUACAUCCUGGUUUACGUCGAUGAUAUCCUGCUACUCGGCAACAAUCCUGACAUGAUUGACAAUGUGAUGAAGCAGCUGGCGACGACCUUUCGAAUUCGAGACCUCGGGUUACCCCGAUUCUUUUUAGGGGUCGAAGCUAUAUACACAGAGGGUGCGCUGCUGCUCUCACAACGACGAUACAUAGCUGAGUUACUCAAGAAGGCCGGAAUGGGUACGUGCAAAGACGUUUCUACACCAAUGGCGUACAACACUGCGGUCACGUCCGACUCCCCACUGCUAGAUGAUCCAACGGCGUACAGGCGUCUAGUUGGGUCCUUGAUGUAUCUUUUGAUUACACGGCCCGACCUUUCGUUCGCGGUAAAUCGCUUGUGCCAAUUUAUGCAUAAGCCAACAGAGGAGCAUUGGGUGUCACUUAAGCGAGUCCUUCGCUAUGUGCAAGGUACACAACACCUUGGUCUGCGGCUAACUCCGGCACCAACUCCAGUGGUGCAUGCCUUUUCCGAUUCAGAUUGGGCCGGGUGUUCGACAGAUCGCAAGUCUACUGCGGGAUAUGCUGUGUUUUUAGGCCCCAACCUGGUUUCAUGGGUGUCUCAAAAACAGCGUAUGGUCGCACGAUCGUCUACAGAAGCCGAAUACAAAGCGCUUGCCGAUGUUGCAGCCGAAGUCACCUGGAUAGAGUCACUUUUACGAGAACUCGGGUUACAAUCCCAGACGGUGCCUGUGUUGUGGUGUGACAACUUAAGAGCAACUUAUCUGUGCUCCAACCCAGUGUUUCAUGCACGAACCAAGCACGUAGAGGUCGACUACCAUUUUGUCCGGGAUAGGGUCAGCACGGGUCAGUUGAAAGUGAAUUUUGUCUCGACUCAUGAUCAACUCGCAGAUAUAUUUACUAAACCCCUAGCUACGAAGCGCUAUUGUGAUUUGCGGUUCAAGCUAGGCGUGGUCCCUUGUCCCCCGUCAGCUUGA